UUUCCGUGUGCAGUAACAGGCAAUACACAGCGCGACUAUGGAUUAAUUAAAACCCCGAGACACGGCUUUUAAGCACACAGGAGAUCAUUUCAGCUUCACUUGUGGAUUCGUCGAGAGUGACAGAGUUUACUCUAAAACUGUGUUGUUGUUUUUUUAACAGGAUAGCCGUCUUUCUAGCUUGAACACCCGGCAGCCGGCUAGGCGUUAGCAGGCACGCUAGGACAAAUUAGCAUUAUCUCCUCUCCAUUGUUGACUUGUUGCCAACGACAUCAUUCUCAUCGGGAGAGAACCAUUAAUGCGUUUUAUUUUUCUCUUAACUGGAAGAGGUGCGCCGUUAACACACGGUAACUGUAAUACACCUCCUUGAGUUUAUAGUUUUUUAAAAUUCCCCCUUUUCCGUUUAUCUGUCGACGAAAUGGACGAAGAGCUGGACUUAAGUCAUAUUAUUCAGUAAAUAACAUUUACACGUCAGCUGGUUGGAACCACAGCUUCUUCCUCUUCUUGCUGAUCGAGUGUUUGGCCGACUAACCACCGGCCUUGAAUUCGGGAAGAAGACGUUUUAAAUUUACAGCAAAACUUGAAUUUGGAAACUCUUCUCAACAGUGAAGGAUGAAUGGCCUCUCCAUAAGUGAGCUAUGUGGCCUGUUCUGCUGCCCGCCUUGUCCCAGCCGUAUUGCAGCCAAGCUAGCCUUCCUGCCACCAGAGCCCACGUACACCUUCAUCCCAGACCCAGACCCAGGCGACAAUGCACCAGGGGCGACGAUGGCAUCGAGCCUGCGGACGAGAAGUGGCGUGGCCGUCGCUGGUAGUGUCGUGUCAGAGGGAAGAUGGAAACUUCAUCUGACAGAGCGUGCUGAGUUUCAGUACUCGCAGAGGGAGCUCGACAACAUUGAGGUGGUGCUUGCUCAAUCCAGCCGAGGGAACAAAGUCGGCUGCAUGUACAUCCGCUGUGCUCCUAGUUCCAGAUUCACAGUGCUGUUUUCCCACGGUAAUGCCGUGGACCUGGGCCAGAUGAGCAGCUUCUACAUCGGCCUCGGCACACGCAUCAACUGUAACAUCUUCUCCUACGACUACUCGGGCUACGGUGUCAGUAGUGGGAAGCCCUCUGAGAAAGAUCUCUAUACGGACAUCGACGCCGCAUGGCACACCCUACGCACACGGUAUGGUGUCAGCCCAGAGAACAUCAUCCUGUACGGACAGAGCAUCGGUACAGUUCCCACUGUGGACUUGGCUUCCCGGUAUGAGUGUGCUGCUGUGGUCCUUCAUUCGCCAUUAACGUCUGGCAUGAGGGUGGCUUUUCCCGACACAAAGAAGACCUACUGUUUUGACGCUUUCCCAAACAUCGAGAAAGUGUCCAAAAUCACAACCCCGGUGCUCAUCAUCCACGGGACGGAAGACGAAGUGAUCGACUUCUCCCACGGCCUGGCUCUGUUCGAGCGCUGCCCCAAGGCUGUGGAACCCCUCUGGGUGGAGGGGGCCGGACACAACGACAUUGAACUGUACAGUCAGUACCUGGAACGCCUACGACGCUUUAUAGGACAAGAACUCACCUUGCCACACACCUGACGGCAUGAUUUUUAUUUUGUCAUGGCUCCAAGAACUCCACCAGCUGCUAGAUUCUCUUUUUCCAAUGGUGUUAGGGAUUUUCAUAUUACGGUAAUACAUUGUAUAAACAGCAUCACAACAAGUUUAUUUUAUGAAGGCUUUGGUUUGCUUUGCUUGUUCUCUCGGGGGGAAGAAAGAACUUUUUUCACAUAAAUAUGACUUGUUUCUCCUAAGAUAAUGACUUUUUCUGGAAAGAGUUUGACUUUAUUGUCAAACUGAUAUAAACUAUAGACUUUUAAGACAAAAUACUUUUUUCCCUCAAGAAAAAGUCCAACUUUAUUUCUUCAAAAACAUGAUUAUUUUUUAUUAUUUUUUAAAUAUUUAUGUUAUAUAUUUCUUGGAGAAAAACAUAUUUACAUUUUUUUUUAGUUUUUUUCUUUUAAAAAAUCUUUUUUUUUUUUUUUUUUUUUACAUUUUUCCUGAAAAUGUCACUUUUUUCCUUAAUAUUAUCUUGGAUAUGAAUUUCUUAUUCAUAUUUUAUUCAUGCAAGGUUUAAUAUGCUUUAAGGUUUUGACUUUCUUGGGGAAAAAAUCCCCGAAGCACCUUUUGGGGCAAAAACAUGACUGUUUAUGGAAGAUUAAAUUAAAAAAAGAAAAAUAUGACUAUUCUCAUAUUAGGAUCUUCUCUGAAUAAAUACAGUGGUUCUUUUUUUCCCUCAGGAAAAAGCAUCAGACUGAAGUCUAUUCUGGUCACCUACUUUACCAGUCAGAAGUUCUGACUCACUUUCUCAUCCAGUAGCAUGAGUAAGUGUAUCCAAAUUCUGACCGGUACUGUAUAUGUAUUGGAAAAACUGUUAAGAUACGUUUAAUAAUUGUUCUAUUCAUGUUUCUCAGGUUACAAUAUCAAGAUGUUUUAGCAUCAUAGCUGUCAGGGAAUAUUGGCGCCCUCAAGUGUCUGCAACAUCAACUGCAGUUAUGGAAAAGACUUCAAGUCUUCUACCUCAAAACUGUCUUUUCUUAAUCUUUGUCUGACAGCCAGUUUUAUUAUUAUUAUUUUUUUAUUUGAUUUUUUUGUCCUGUCCAGCCAUUCGGGCAGAGAGUAUUGUUGAUCUAAAUGCCCUUACAUGCUAAACUGAUUUGCUCUGCCAGGGAAAAGUGUGAGAUACUCUUCCCCUGUUAUAUAGAUUGGAGACUCUAAAUUGUUCAUAUGUAUGAAUGUGAGUGUGAAUGGUUGUUUGUCUAUAUGUGGCCUGCGAUUGGCUGGCGACCAGUCCAGGCUGUACCCCGCCUGUCGCCCGAAGUCAGCUGGGAUAGGCUCCAGCAUGCCCUCGCGACCCUAAAGAGGAGAAGAAAAUGGAUAGAUUGGUUUAUUGUUAUGCAAAUAUGGAGCGUGACAGCCAGUUUUAAAGUCCAGGACAGUUGAGUUAUGUUAUGAAUGUGAAUUAAAUACAUAUAAUUGAAGUUAUUGUUCUUUUCAGAGGUAAAGUUUAUUAUUAUUGUUCUUUUUAACACUCCACAUUGUGCACACAAUGAAUGCUGCAAUACUUUUUAAAGCUGCUUUUUGGUGCAGGGAGCUUGUACAGACGUUAAAGCCCUCCACUAAAAUCUCAGAAUAGUGUGGUUUAUUUUCUAGUUUGCACUGAUUCUCAUCUACAUUUUGACAUUUUUGUCACUGCAUUUGCGUACAAGCUAAUAAAAGAUCAUG